AUGCCAUCGGAUCGCGAUCACCGGUAUGAAUCCGUACCGCCCAUCCCGAGUUACGACGAGGCCCUCGCCACAAGCGGUCCGGCCGACCCCUCCGAAUGGCAACCCCCGCGCUCCCCGCUAGAUGACCGCUCUCAGGCCGAAACCGAGUCGCAGUCCCUGCUACACAGAAACGGCGUCGCGACUUCAUCACGGCGCCCGAACGGUUACAGGCCGCCCACAGUCGAAACAGAGGACGAAGAUAGCUCAUGGGGCAGUGAUGACGAUGGCGACGAGACGGCAUACGUGCGUCGAGAGAUGCAAGAGCUCGAGGUAGGGGAGCCGGACGAUAGAUCGCGCUCGUCAAUAUGGGGGAAACGGAUACCCUUCGCCCUCUCCUUAUCACGCUGGAAGUGGUCUUGGCGAUGGCGGAUGCCAAAUUUGCGUCCAACAAUUCGUUUGCCUUCGGGCUCGAGCGACAGUCCCAGCAAUUCAAACGAGGCGAAUGCGACAACGACGAGGCCGAGAUUCGCAUUUCCGCAAUGGGACAAGGACAAGGCGCGGACGGCCAUAAUUAUUUUUGCCCGGGUUUUUGCAGUUGUCUUCGUCAUGGGCAUCCUUUACGCACUUUUCAUGAGCGAUCUUUUCACCAGCAUGGCCAGGCGCAUGAACGGCGGGUUGCGCUUCAACCCCGAAGACGUACGCUUGUACGUGCAACAAAACGUCGAGGCCCGCCGACUGAAAGCGUCGGUAGCUCAUUACACCAAAUACGCCCAUAUGGCAGGAACCGAGGGCGACUAUGCUCUGGCUAUGGAUGUCGAGUCCAUGUUCACCAGAGCCGGGCUGGAUUACGUCAACGUUGACGAAUACUACGUGUACAUGAAUUAUCCAAAGGCCGGAGGACGUGCUGUCGAGAUUUUGGGCGAUGACGGGAAGCCGAAGUGGUCUGCGAAGCUCGAGGAGGAGGAAGUUGGCGGGGAAGCAGCCGGACAUCAGACUUUUGUGUUCCACGGCCUUUCCAAGUCUGGAGACGUCAAGGGACCCUUGAUAUACGCCAACUACGGUGCGAGAUCUGAUUUCAAGAAACUUGCGGAUCACGGGAUCGACACCAAGGGCGCCAUCGCCCUCGUUCGGUACUACGGUCUGCAGGCAAACCUGGCUCUCAAGGUCAAGGCUGCAGAGGAAGCCGGCUUUGCAGGUUGCAUCGUCUACAGCGACCCGGCGGACGAUGGCUUCAGAUUGGGUGAUGUCGCACCGAACGGCCGCUUCAUGCCCGCCGAUGGCGUCCAGAGAGGCUCCGUUGCGCUAUCGAACUGGGUCCUAGGUGACCCCCUGACGCCUGGCUGGGAGAGCAAGAAGAACUUGCCGCGCAUGAAGCCCGAUGAGAGCAAGGGUCUGACCAAGAUCCCCAGUCUGCCCCUUGCGUGGCGUGACGCACAGAUCUUACUGCAGCAUCUCAAAGGCCAUGGUGAGCAGGUGCCAAAGGAAUGGGCAGGAGGCGUUCCUGACAUCGCCGAGUGGUGGACCGGUAACCUUUCUUCGCCCAUCGUACGGCUUAAGAACGACAACGACGUUGUCGAGCAGAAGGGCAUCUGGAACGUUUAUGGCAAAAUCGAAGGCAUUGAGCAGGACCAGAAGUCCAUCAUCAUUGGAAAUCACCGGGAUGCUUGGUCCUUUGGUGCGACCGAGCCUCACUCGGGCACGGCGGUGCUGAUUGAGAUGGCACGCAUCUUUGGCGGGCUCGUCUCAAAAGGUUGGCGCCCUCUUCGGAGCAUCGAGUUCAUGUCGUGGGAUGCCACGGAGUACAACAUGAUUGGCUCCACCGAGUUUGUUGAACACAACGACGAAUUGCUAAGACAAAAUGCGUUUGCCUAUAUCAACCUCGACUCUGCCGUAGCAGGCAGCGAGUUCCACGCGGCCGGAUCACCCGUCUUCAAACAGGCUGUCCUCCGCGUUAUCGAACGCGUUUUUGACGCGAGUCUGAACGCGACAGUCCGCGAUCUCUGGAAUCAACGAGAGGGUGACCUAGAAGAGCUUGGGAUGGAUGGCGACUGGGUCCCCUUCCAGAACAUUGCUGGCACCAGUUCUCUUGAUCUCGGCUUCAGGGGUGCACGAUUUCCCGCUCAAUCCAGCUACGACAACUACGAAUGGGUCCAGCGCAUCGGAGAUCCGGACUUCGCGUACCACGUCAUGAUGGGCCAGAUUGUCGGCCUCUUGAUUCUCGAGCUCGCGGAUAAGCCGAUUCUACCGUUCGACAUGGUGGGCUACAGCGAGCGCAUCGAGCGCUACAUCAACGACCUAGCCAACUUUUGCGAGCACAGUGGGGCGAGUACGCAGGACAAGUUCUCGCUGGAGCCUCUCAAGAAGCUUGUCGCGGGGGUCAAGGUCAAUAUCAAGGGCUUCUCCAUGUGGGAGAUGACGUGGGAGAGCACGGUCAUGGGCGGCGGCGGCUGGGAGUCGGGUGACAUGGGCGACAAGCGCAUCCAGUUCAACAGCCGCAUGGCCGACUUUGAGACGGCGUUGCUAGAUCUUGAGCAGGGGGGUGGUAUUCCCGACCGCACCCAGUUUAAGCACGUCAUCUUUGGGCCCCGGGCCUGGUCCGGCAACAAGCCCGUCACCUUUGCCGCCAUCCGCGAUGCCGUCGAGGCGGGCAACUGGGAGCUCGCCAACAAGCUCGUCGAGAAGACGGCGCGGAUCAUUCAGAACGCGACGAAUAUGUUGCGGGAGUGGGAGAAGUCUGCGGAGAGCAGCUGA